AUGUCCCUCGGUAGCCAUAAAAAGAGACGACAUAACAGCGGGGAGGUGUGUCCCAUGAUGGACAUUGAAAGCAUUGAUGACAGGCUGUUUUCAACAAGCAAUGUCUUCUGUCUCAAAGUUCUCUAUAGCUUUUAUAAUGUGCUGUUAUUGAUAAGCAAGGAUCUGCUGAGAUACCUGCAACACUUUAUGCAUAUAAGAAACAACCAAGGCAUCAACUCUGCUUUCGAUUUUGUACAGAAGAAAUUCAAAUGUUGCGGAAUCACAUCCUACUUGGAUUGGUUUGAGCUGGAUGAAUCCAACAAUCGGACCGAGAUGUUUGUUCCUGACAGUUGCUGCAUAUCUGAUACACUAAACUGUGGUCUGAGAAUUCAUCCGUCAAACAUUCACUAUGAUGGAUGUGCCAAGCCAUUAGAUAAGACUAUUCAACAACAGCUGACUGCCAUCUGCUUAGGAAGUUUUGGGCUUUGUUGUGUAGAGCUCUUUGGCAUCAUUCUAUCAUGCUGUUUAAUGAAAAAGAUAAAAGAUUCCAAAAUGCUUCCCAGCGUCAGAUAUUGAAUCUACACCUACAUUUACAAAUUGUAAUAUCAAGAUUUGAAAUAAAUUACAGCAAUAAUUUUUAAAUUUGUAGUCUCGUAUUUCUAACUUUUACGAUUAAAUUAACUCUCGUAAUUUUUUAUUCGCAUCUCUGUUUUGAGCAUCCUAAUUAUCUUAGUAUCAGUCAGUUGAACUAGCUCAUUUUUUCUUAUACUAUCAGAUCAUUAUUUUCAUAAAAAAACAUUUUUGUUACAUGUUUCAAUGAUUAUCUUCAUUUCAAAAUUAUUUACUGCAUUUGUUUGGACCUCCUCCGUUUUAACUUAUUGUUGUUUACUGAAUUAUUGUGAUUAAGAACAGUAUUCCUAUGAGUAUAUAGAGCAUUAUCUUUUUUCUACAGCCAUGAUUUGUAACAUUUAAGUUGUAAUAUUAAUAAAAAUAAAAACACUAA